AUGUCUCAAUUUUUCACAUCACCGACGAGCGCACCGCCAUAUCCAAGUCCGGCUAGCACUUCUCAAAAUCUACAGUUUUAUCCAUCCUCAUACACUCCAAGCCAAGUUCCAGGUCGUGAUACUCCGUCCCACUCUACAUACGGUGCAUAUCGAAAUUCAGGUAGCCCUGGAUACGGUUAUGGUGGAAACUUUGCUGCUCAUUCUGGAGUGAGUGGGCGUAUGGGCGAGCAAGGCGGACUACGAAUGGGAUGGCUAGCAGCUUUUGGGACAGAAGGUUAUGAUGGAGAGCCAGCAUUACUAGAAGAGUUGGGUGUAAAUUUUGAGCAUAUCAGGUCGAAGACUUUAGCCGUACUCAACCCACUCGCACGAAUCGACCAACAUCUAAUGGAUGAUUCGGAUCUAGCUGGCCCAAUUCUCUUCUUUCUGCUAUUCGGUACUUUUCUCUUAUUCAGCGGGAAAGUACAUUUCGGCUACAUCUAUGGCUUAGCCCUUCUUGGCUCUGUCUCUUUGCAUACAAUUCUUUCGCUCAUGUCACCAUCGCCGUUUUCACCACAUGCAACCCGGUCUCAACCACCCUCGCCACAAUCAUCUUCUCAUCUGAAUUCCAGCCUCACUUUUCCACGGAGCCUUAGCGUUUUGGGGUACUGUCUACUACCCUUAGUUUUUGUGUCACUGGUAGGUGUUGUCCUACCAAUGGAGGGAAUGACUGGCUACUUAUUGAGUACUAUGGCUAUAAUUUGGUGUACAUACAGUAGUAGCGGCAUAUUCUGCACUGUAGGUCGAAUGAGUGGCAUGAGAGGGCUGGUUGCGUAUCCACUCGCUUUGUUUUAUGUUGGAUUCGGAGUAAUGGGGGUAUUCUCCCGGGGUGGGCCUAAGGUUUUGAGUGGAAAGGGUGUUUCGUGA